AUGCAGAACCGAACUGCCAUGACCGAGUUCCUUCUCCUGGGAUUCUCUGACAUUCGGAAGCUGCAGAUUUUGCACUUUGUGGUCUUUCUGGUGAUAUAUUUGGCAGCCCUGAUGGGGAAUCUUCUCAUUAUCAUAGUGAUAGCCCUCGACCACCGUCUUCACACCCCCAUGUACUUCUUCCUGGUGAACCUUUCCAUCCUGGACCUCGGCGCCAUCUCUGUCCCUGUCCCCAAAUCCAUGGCUAAUUCCCUAACCAACACCAGGUCGAUUUCAUACUCUGGAUGCGUGGCCCAAGUCUUUCUCCUUUUCUUCUUCGUGUCAGCUGAUCUUGCUUUACUCACGGUCAUGGCCUAUGACCGCUACAUGGCCAUCUGCCACCCACUGCACUACGAGCGAGUGAUGAACAAGAGAGCGUGUAUCCAAAUGGCCGUCGGUGCCUGGAUCAGUGGCGUUCUCAAUUCCAUGCUUAACACUGGAAGCACAUUUUCUGUAACCUUCUGUGGAGGCCACUCAGUGGAUCAGUUCUUCUGUGAAAUCCCCCAGCUGCUCAAGUUGGCCUGCUCUGAUGCCUACCACAGUGAAGUUGGGGUUCUUGUAUUCAGUGCGUGUUUGAGUAGCUUCGUUUUUAUCAUUGUGUCGUAUGUUCAGAUCUUCAGAGCGGUGCUGAGAAUCCCCUCGGAGCAGGGCCGGCACAAAGCCUUCUCCACCUGCCUCCCCCACCUCUCUGUGGUCUCCUUGUUGCUUUGCACUGGGUCCUUUUCCUACCUGAAACCAACUUCCAGCUCAAGCUCACGUCUGGACCUCAUUUUGGCUGUUCUCUAUUCUGUAGUGCCUCCCAUGCUGAAUCCGGUCAUUUACAGCAUGAGGAACAAGGAGAUCAAAGCUGCCCUGUGGAAACUGAUUGGCUCAAGACUAUUCAACAUGCAUAAAAUGUCGGUCUUGCUCCCGCAAUCACAGCCUCAUUCUGGUAUUACACAUUUUAACAACUGA